GCUCGGGUUAUCGCAGUCGGAAAUGGGUUAAAAGUUACUCUCGCUCGACAACGCGGAAGUAAUUGCAUUGGACUUAAUCCUGUUGAAGGUGCACAGGGGAGACAAAGUUUGACGCGACUUUACGUGUCAGUUGCAGGAGAGAAAAACGCGAGACCACAAUAAAUACACUCCACAUCAAGUGUAAUUGGAAGUGUGCAAAAUGGUGUGAUAAAAGGCGCGCCACUGCUUGACUAUAAAUUGCAUCAAGUGCACACAAAAGGACCUGUCAGCGUCACAGGAGUGGAGAGAGCAAGUGGGAGAUUUUCCCCUGAAUUUUCCCACCCAAAAGUGAAUGCCAUCGCGCGGAAAUGCCCUCCCUCGCGAUCUUAGGAUCCGAUUCCGGCACCCGGAAGCCAGUCGUCAGUGAGAAGGGCACCCAAAAUGGCCAGGAAGCAAAAUCCGAGAACCUCGGCAGCGUUUAUCUCAUCCUCGUAAUUCUCGUCUUUUGCCUCUUCACGGUGUUCGCGCUGCUCUUGUACGUUCACGUGAAUCAGUUGUCGGACAUUUCCGUCUUCCGGGACAACCUGAGAAGCGAUGUGGCGGUGGCGGAGAUUCAGGAAAUAGCCAGAGAGAUCUUCAGAAGGGAGUUCCAGCAGCAGAAGUUCUGGGAUGAGCUGAACGACCGCGAGAGCAACAACUUCGAGGGUGGAUCGGUGAGGAAUGAGCGAAAGGUGGUUCGAGAGCGUCGCAGCACAAAUUUGAUGGCGGAAAACGUGGUAUUCGGCAAUCCUGGUGAACCAUCUGGACCCGAAGUGGAGUUCUUCAACCCAAAACUCAAGCACGAGCUGGAGAAGAAGGACGUGGAGAUCAUGAAGAAGACUGGACUGAAGGGCGCCGCUCCGGGUGGCGAUUCGUGGGUUUGGCUCACGAGCUACUCUCGCAUUCCGUACGAAGCCAUCACAGGUUUCUGUCGUGCCACUAAGGAAUACUGUCCACCUGGUCCGCCUGGAUUUCCUGGUGUUCCUGGGCCGAAAGGCAAUCGCGGGGAUGUCGGUAUUCCCGGACCACCCGGACUGGACGGUCGCGAGGGAAAGCCAGGAGCGAGAGGACCGAAGGGCGAACCCGGCUUCCCGGGAAACCCUGGUUUGGACGGCAGAGAUGGAGUUCCCGGUGAGCCUGGCUUGGAUGGCGUACCAGGACGCGCCGGGGCGGACGGGAUCCCCGGAAAGGAUGGCAAGGACGGCAUUCCAGGCCUCGAUGGGCGCAAUGGUGACAAUGGCAAAGACGGACUCGCCGGCCCAAUGGGACCACCCGGACCGACUGGAAUGUCAGGAUCUCAAGGUCUCUCAGGACCUCGAGGGCGUCCUGGAAAGUCCGGCACGAAUGGCACUCCAGGAAUUCCUGGCAUUAAUGCGUGGAAAGUGAAGGUGAACGGCACAUUUUCCAGUGAACUCCUCAUUCCACCGUCAAUAGCUGGCUCAGAAACCAUGGAAUCCGCCAAGCCGGUGAUUGUCCACGAGGGGGAUCAUUUGAGGCUGCGAUGCGCCGCCACGGGAAAUCCAAAGCCUCACGUCGAGUGGCGCCGGGAGGACAGACUUCCGAUUUCCGUGGGAUCGUGGCAAGCGUCCUCAAUGGCGGGACACGCGCUGAACAUCACGAAAGUCAAUCGGGUGCACAUGGGCGCCUAUCAGUGCCUGGCCGACAAUGGCGUUCCUCCACCCGCCAAUGCAACCUUCUUCAUUGAAGUUCACUUCGCUCCAUUGAUCCGCGUCCGGAACCAAGUGGUUUACGCUUCAAAUGGCUCGCAUGCCAUCCUCGAGUGCGAGAUUGAAGCAUUUCCGGAAGCCAUUAAAUACUGGGAAAAGUUCCCAGAGGGAAAACUACUGGAACAUGGCAGACGAUAUCGAAUUGAGUCUCAUAUCGAUGGGUAUAAAUCCACAAUGAGACUCAAUCUGACUGUGAUGCACUCAACGGACUAUGGAGAGUAUCACUGCAUUAGCAAGAAUGAGAUGGGAAUCACGAGGGCAGUUUUUCAUCUUCAAGACCGGAAUCCCUACAUAAUCCGUCCGCUGCCAGAACAUACGGAAGUGGCAGUGUUCGGAACGAUGCCGCCCAAGAAAGAAUCCUUGGAUGAUCUUUGUCCGCCACCACCGCCGCCUUGCCCAGAUUGCCCGGAUCCCAAGGAUUUCAAGUGUAAAGACACGAUAGUGUCUCUUUUCGACUUAAUAGGAGGACAUCUGAGCAUAAUGCCGACAGGAAACAGGAGCUAUCCAGGUCUCCCAAAUAGGACAAUGGAUUGCGUGCUUUAUGCCGUGGGAAAGCCAGUUUACCACAAGUUCACUGAGCAGAAUUAUGGAGCGUGGCUUAAGGAUCCCACACCUAAGAAUGACGCCGUUGGUGAGAAGAUUUGGGCAACGAAAGAGAACGACAGCUUCCGGUUGUAUGAAUAUGCAAAUAAAGCGGUGUACAGAAAUAACGUGCCGACUAAGAGUUACCGUCUUGAGAGACCCUUUCAAGGAAACACUCAUGUCGUCCUGAAUGGCUCUUUCUACUACAAUGAGAAGAACCAGCCGAGGAUUAUUCGCUACGAUUUAUCAGUGGAACGCCAGGUGGCUUUCCGUGACAUCCCUGAUCUUGUGGCCAACGCCACGGGUCAUCUCUAUACCACUGAGUACAACAGUGUUGACUUCAGCGUUGACGACAACGGCCUGUGGCUCAUUUACGCCACUCCCGGCUCCAAUAACACCCUCGUGGCAAAGCUCGACGCCCACAAUCUGGACAUCCUCUACAGCUGGAACAUCAGCGUGAAUCACAGACGCGUGGGCGAGAUGUUUAUCGUCUGUGGCGUUCUGUACGCAAUCGAUUCCGUCACGGAGCGCAACACCAAGAUAAGGCUGGCACUGGAUCUCUAUCAUGGGAAACUGCUGGACGUCAACUUGGCCUUCACGAACCCCUUCCGGAAGACCACAACUGUUGGCUACAAUCACAGAUCGCGCGAGUUGUACACGUGGGACAAGGGCAACCAACUGACCUAUCCCAUUCGCUACCACGAGAUCGGAUACAACGCAACGUCGGCUGAGAAAGCGGACGAUUUGAGUGCUCAACUGCAAACGGGCGUCGAUGUGUUUCACGAUAGUGCAUCCGAGUGAAUAAAGUUUUACUACGACCAAAUUAUUUUUCUUAUUACCUGAAGUUGAGAAAAGCCACACAAAUCACACGCCCUUGCGGAGAUAAACUGUGUCACACCGCGUCGAAUUUGAUUGUGAAGACAAAACCGAAUGUCGGCAACAAUUAUAAUUCUGUGUUAUCAAAACGAUUGGUUAUAAAAUUUGAUGAUCGCGUGAUCUUUGAUGAUACAGAUAAACAUUUUCUUUUACUCUUGCCGUUUUCCCCUUUAAAAAUCAUUCUCAAGAGUGUCUGACGAAACUUCUGGCGUCUCAAACUGAUUCAUCCGAUUAACAGAGGUAAAUUUUCUUGAUUUUAGUAUUUGUAAGAUGAUAUAAAUUUUUUCUACAACUUUGUGAGCAUUUCUAAACAGAAAAAGUGUCGUUUUUGCUUUCAAUUUCUAUUGGAAAAUCGGUAAAAUCUCCAGAUAAAGCAGAUUCAGUGGGUUUAGUGUCCU